UACAAAGAAGAAAGAGAACAAGGGAGAGGGAGAGAGAGGGAGACUUAAAAGACUGUUUCUCAUGGUCACUCUUGAACUUCCUCAGUACAUUAACUUAGCUGAAUGUUAGGUAAGUAUAGAAAGCAAUGAAGGGGAGGAGGAGCACAAUGGUGUUAUUGUUGGCCAGGGGUCUCCCACCAGCCCAUAUCCUCUUGGUUUCUCAACUCCCAGAGAGGUGCAAUUUAUCAACUGACUUGAUGAAUGGUCACGGAUUCAAUUGUGGGGUGGGGAGAGGCGCAGGAUCCUUCCCCACCCAGCUGCUGGGGUGACUGUCCUGUUGACGUCAGACAUUUUUACCUCAUCUCCUGGCACCGGGACGUUAUAUUUAUAACAGCACCAGGAGUAGUGGAACUGGAAUAGGCGUGUCCCUACUCCAUCAUCUCUGCUUUUUUCCUCAUUUGCUUUUAAAGCUGCCCUUAGAGUGUGAGAGAGCAAUUUUGCUGCUUGUCUCGCUCGGGGAGAGAAGAACGAGCAGAGCUGAGAUUAUUUGCCGAGUGGGUGUGCGGCAGGAAUUUCCCUGGUUUGCCCUCUGCUACUGAAGAAGACACGUCUAGCCGUGGGAGCACAGAGCACACUCAAGGUCUUCCUUUAAGGCGGCAUCCACUUUAGGGCUGUCCUGAGGCACCAUGACCUCCCAGCCAGUCUGUCAAGGCUUAGAUAGAGACUAUGACUUCCUCUGUGACACCAAGGACUAUUGGGGCGUUGUUGUGGAAUCCUUUGCUACGGCUGGUGCUGUCAUCACAGCCAUCCUGAUCCUUGUGCUCAUUUGCCUUGUAUGUAAAGUCCAAGACAACACAAAGCGAAGCCUGAUCCCUGUCCAGUUCCUCUUCCUUCUGGGCACUCUAGGAAUCUUCGGCCUCACUUUUGCCUUCAUUAUAAGGCUCAACGAGAGGACUGCCCCCACCCGCUUCUUUCUUUUUGGGGUCCUCUUCGCCCUCUGCUUCGCCUGCCUCCUGGCCCAUGCCUUCGACCUCGUCAAGUUGGUGAGAGGAAGACGCCCAUUUUCGGUACUGGCGCUGCUGGUUUUCGCCAUCAGCCUGACCAUUGUGCAGAUUAUUAUCGCCAUACAGUACGUAGCCAUCAACAGCCAAGAGCUGAGGGCCCUGAACUCCACGAAAGGUUUGACACAAAAAAGCCGCGUGGACUUUGUUCUGCUUCUCAUCUACGUGCUUUUCCUGAUAGCCCUCCUCUUUGUGGUCUCCACUUUUGUUUUCUGUGGGUCAUACAGAAGGUGGAAGAGGCAUGGCACACACACCUUCUUCACAGCCCUGUUCUCCAUAGGCAUCUGGGUGGCAUGGAUCAGCGUGUUCAUGACAGACUUUGGGAAAAGGCCAGAAUGGGACGAUCCCACUAUCAGCAUUGCUCUGGUAGCUAAUGGGUGGGUCUUCCUGAUGAUAUAUGCAGUGCCUGAGCUCUGUUUCCUCACCACGCCACGGAAGCCCGGAGACUACCCUCCGGAGAAUGAUGCCUGCCAGCCUAAAGUCCUGAAAAAAACCUACGGAGUAGAGAAUCGAGCCUAUGCUCAGGAAGACAACGCGCAAGUUCCAAAUGCAAACAGUGGCCCUUCAUAUCCUCCAUAUUCAACUCACUUCCAGCUGCAGAACCUUGAGCCCCAGCAGGAUUUCUCCAUCCCACGGCCGAAAACCCGAACCAGCCCAUACCAAGAGUAUUCUGGAGGGAAAGGUGUCAAGUAGCCGUCCUGCUACGAAUGCCAGAGAAGCCAUUCUGAGUCGGCGGAGGUGCUGGAAAUCAUCACGGAUAUAGCGGUGCUUCAGUUUUUAUUAAAUCAGGGACAGAACUCAGCGCUGCAGCGGAUGAAGGAAGAUGCCUGUCCUUUUCUCCUGCACACCUUUUAUAUCUGCCUUCGUACACUUGGCACUUUAUAAUGUUUUCUUUUACCGUGUUCCUUCAUUUAAUGAAUUGCUGUAGGCUUUUUUUGAGGUAGCCUCUCCCCUCGUGUGGUUACAAUCAUGCCACUCUUGCUACCUUGCUGCCCUGCCUUCUGCCACCCAAGUGCUGAGGGGGAAGAUCUGAAACAUGGAGCUUUCUCUAUAUUGCUCUCAGUGUGGUUUAGACCCCUGAUUUGCACAGGACUCUAUAUCACCCGGGAGGGGGGAGCCCAUAAAUUGGGGGGGGGGAGUGAGCCUAGCCAUGCUCUUCCCCUCCACACCUGCAAUUGCUUAAGAGGCAAUCUCCCAAAUAGGGCUUAUGGCUUCUCUCAGUUCCACAGAGAAUUCUAUACCUCAGCAUUUUGCCCAAGCUUGUUUUUCUCCUCACAACAUGAACAGGAAAGAUUAUAUCCAUCCCAUUCACUCGUGGGGUUCCCUGUGAGUAAAAAUGUGAGUAAAGCUCAAGGAGUAUUCUUGGCCCAGGCCACAUACCUGAAAUGUAUGUAUUUGUGUUUUCUCCUAACCUCCCCCCACUCCACCUUUGAAGCAUUGGAAUUUGCAGGAAUAUUCGAUGUUAACUGUACCAUUUAGAAGCCUGUGAAAUCUCCGAAUGUCUUCUUUUUAAGAGGUGACCUGUAUCAGUGACUGUCUUUUGUCCUACGUGCAAUGCCAGGCCUGUAAUAGCACUGCUGUCCUCAAAUCCUGUCAAAUUCCCCCUGCCUGAUUUUGUGGAACUGAGUCACAAAGGGAAGUGGACCAAACAAAAACAAAUCAGUUUUCAAACCAGGAAAUCACAGUAUUUUUAAAAGUGAAAGUCAUUCCAAACUGUCUAUAGAUCUGCUUUAAACACAGGAAGAAAGCAGAGGGAGGGGGAAAGAAAACAGGUUUUAAAACUGUGUACAGCUUUGAAUGAGAUUUCUUUACAGGCUUCCUGCUUUUGCCAUUGAUGCCUAAUCUCUCCCCUGGUGAGACUUCCAAGCCCACUGAGCCUGCUUAGGGGACCUAACAUGAAGACUGUUGGGAGAUGGGGAGAUUGCUCUGCUUUGCAAAGGACAAUCCUGCAGUUUGAAGGCAGUGAUGUGUGACAGCAUAGAAACAGGAUAGUAGAUUAGAAUAAUUAUCUCUAAAUAUGCGUCUCUUCCUAUAAAUUAGCACAUGCAAAUUUUAUGUGCUGUUGUGUAGAGAGGACCAUUGACUAUAUGUAAUACACAAACACAAACAUAAGGAAGUCCUCUGAGUGUGUGAACAGUGGUGUGAACAACCAAAAUAAUGCAUUAUUUGGGGGCGGGGGCGGAGGCAGAUUGCAAGAAGUUGAGGGAUGGGAUGGGAUGGGCAAACUGAUGCAUGGCCAUCUCCUGCCAAAGCUACAUGAGAGAUAAACAUGAUCUCUUGAAGUCAACAUGGCAACAACUCUACAGAGAGCAGUUAGUCAAACCCUCCUGGGGGAAAAAAUCCCUACCUAUAGAUCUUCUCAGCAUGGGUUUCUGCCUGUCAAUAUUAGCAGAUUUCAGUGAUAGAGAAAGGGAAACUUUGGAAGUAUAAUGGUGGUGGUGGAGGGAAUUCACUGAAUGCCACUAAGGCUGAAAUCCUAUACCUGCUUACUCUGGGAUCAGCCUCAUUCAACUCAGUGGGGUUUCCUUCAACUCUUUUACCACUGUUAGGACAUACUAAUGGACUUACCAUUUUAGGACAUACUAAUGCUAACCUCUAGCAAAAUGUUGCAUAUUGGAGUGCUGCUGUUCAGGAAUCCUCCCACUCUACUCUGCUCUAUUCCCCCUGCCCUGGUUUUCCAUUCUCCUUCCUGCAAGAGCCAGUCACAAUUUUGUGGUCACUAAGCUUGCUCAGUCUCCUCAUUGGGCUGUUUGGAGAGGUGGUUUCCUCCUAAGAGUUUCGCACCUUCCCGAAGAUUUUCUAUACUUCUGCAAACCUUGGGGUUCCUGCUGAUAGUUUCCUCUUGGUGCAGUUUUUGGCUAUAUAAGGAACAGCACAUAAUAGUAUUAAGAUUGAUAUUAUAUGAUUGCUUUAUAUGAUGAUUGCAGAUGGGGAAGAACACUGGCGAUCACAAGCCUUACCCAUAUGGCAAACACUUCCAGAAAGUUGUUUCAGAUUUUAAUGGGGAGUUGAGGAAACUCUUUUACAACUGGCUCAAGAAAAAUAAGACACAAUUCAGAGAAAGUCAAGCUUCUUUUUCCAUUGAUUAUAAUGGGAUCCGUUAGUCCUGUGCUUAACAAUGCUCCCAUUAAAAUCCAUUUGGGGGGGGGUGCACAAUUUUGCUCCUUAACCUGUGGGAAAGGAUUCUUCAGGUUUUGUUUUUGCUUGUGUGCUUGUAAAUGUAUUAUAUUAUUAUUUAUUUGUUUAUUUCUCAUACCACACGGAACACAUUGGUCUGCAUUUAAUAAAUAAUUAUAGAUGGUGUGUAUUGA